CUUGUUGCUGUGUCCUUCUCUGGCUCUAUUUCAAGUUGGAACGCUUGAGUACAACAGUACUCCUUUCAAUCCCUUGAGAAUAAGGCAGUGGCAGAAGCACCUGCCGGAACUUGUUCUGCUGCAGAUAAUUUUGGAAGAGGCUAUGGCUGUGGGGUUGGCAAUUACAAGUGAUGGAGGAAACUACAAUGGCAGGAUGACACCGUUCGUGGUCUUGUCUUGCAUGAUGGCUGCCAUGGGAGGAGUCAUAUUUGGCUAUGAUAUUGGAAUUUCAGGCGGGGUGACCUCUAUGGAGCCAUUUCUAAAGAAAUUCUUCCCAGAUGUCUACACUAAAAUGAAAGAGGACACCAAAACAAGCAACUAUUGUAAAUUCGACAGCCAACUCUUGACGUUAUUCACCUCUUCACUCUAUCUAGCUGGCCUCGUUGCUUCAUUCUGUGCUUCAUCACUCACUCGAGCUUUUGGGCGCAAGGCAUCGAUCCUUACUGGAGGAGCUGCUUUCCUUUCUGGAGCAGCUCUUGGUGGCGCUGCAUACAAUGUGUACAUGAUUAUAUUUGGAAGAAUUUUGCUUGGAAUAGGUGUUGGUUUUGCAAACCAGGCUGUUCCACUAUACCUGUCAGAAAUGGCGCCAGCCAAAUUCAGGGGAGCAAUCAACAACAGCUUUCAACUAAGCAUCGGCAUUGGAGCCUUAAUAGCCAAUUUGAUUAACUAUGGCACUGAAAAGAUAAAAGAUGGACGGGGAUGGCGAAUCUCGCUUGCUCUGGCUGCGGUCCCAGCAUUUAUUCUGACUCUAGGUGCCCUUUUUCUUCCAGAAACUCCGAAUAGUAUACUUCAGCACAGCAACAAUCAUGAAAAGGCCAAGAGGAUACUGCAAAGAGUCAGAGGCACCGAAGAUGUCCAAGCAGAAUUUGAUGAUCUUAUAAAAGCUGGUGAGAUUUCUAAAACCAUUAAGCAUCCUUUCAAAAACAUCAUUCAGAGGAGAUACAGGCCUCAACUUGUCAUGUCAGUAGCGAUACCAUUCUUCCAGCAAGUGACGGGGAUUAAUGUGAUCGCUUUCUACGCUCCAAUACUUUUUCGCACAAUUGGCUUGAAAGAAAGUGCAUCACUCUUGUCCGCUGCAGUGACUGGAUCUGUAGGUAUUUGCACCACCUUCAUAUCAAUGUUGGUCGUUGACAAAGUUGGCCGAAGGUUUCUGCUGAUAAACGGUGGCAUUUGUAUGUUUGUCAUGCAAAUUUUAGUGGGGGGAGUUAUGGCGGCAAAGCUGGGGGAUCAUGGUGGAUUGAGCAAAGGGCAUGCCUUUCUAGUUUUGGUGUUGAUCUGCUUAUAUGUUGCUGGAUUUGGAUUGUCAUGGGGUCCGUUAGGAUGGUUAAUUCCCAGUGAAAUUUUUCCUCUUGAGAUACGAUCAGCUGGACAAAGUAUCAAUGUUGCAGUCAACUUUUUGUUCACUUUCAUUGUUGGACAAACUUUUCUAUCAAUGCUUUGCCAUUUCAAGUGUGGGCUUUUCUUCUUCUUUGGAGGCUGGGUUGCGCUCAUGACCGCAUUUGUUUACCUCUUAUUGCCAGAAACCAAGAAUGUGCCGAUCGAGCAGAUGGAAAGAGUUUGGAGGAAACACUGGUUUUGGAACAAAAUAGUAGAAGUAGACAACGAAGUGAUCAACAAGACUGAGGCCUAAAAGGAUUCUCUCAGAACCCAAACUGUUAUUCACUUGAAUCAACAUGUUAUCAAUGCACCACAAUUUGAUGUACUAAACGCAAAUACUCAUUUUGCUUCAGUUCGAAAUACAAUUUCAGAAACAUCAAAAACUCCGCCGCUAAUGUACAAUAAAAUUACAAUAUUGCAUA